UUCAGUUAAUUCUAUAGGGCAAUUCAAUCUCGGAAAUUUUAUAUCCAGCACUUUUCAUUUCCAAAAGUUCAUUUAAUUACCAAUUAAACAAUAAUGGCCUCCUCGUCAUCAUCGUCUUCUUCCUCCAACUCUAAUAAAUCCGUGCUGUUCGUGGAUUUGCGGAACAUCUGUUUCUCGCCCAUCGCCGAGGCAGUCUUCCGCCGCCUCGUCGCCACCCGUGGCGUCGCGGCGGACUGGACGGUCGAUUCCUGCGGUAUAAUUGACCUUCAUGCCGGUCAAAAUCCGGAACCAAGGGCUCGGAAAGUCUUGAGAGAUCGUGGCCUCGCGGAGUACAAGCACAAAGCGAGGGUGAUAAGGAAUGAUGACUUGGCUAAGUUUGACUACAUCCUUGGCCUGGAAAUGGAUGACGUAUCGGAGUUAAAAUACAUGAAAUUCAUCCAGGAGCAAAGGACCCAGGUCAGGAUUCAUCUUCUCGGCGAAUUCAACCAGAAUAAUGUUCACUUUGAAGGAGAACUCAAGGAAGCUAGGGAUCCUUUUCACGAGAACGAUGACAGGAGUUUUUAUGCCUGUUACGAUCUGUGUCUGGACGCGUGCAAGGGUUUCCUGGAUAAUUUGGAGAAAGCAGAUAAAGAAGCAAAACAAUCAAAAAAACCAGAUAAUUCUGAGAAACCGACAAAACCAGAUCAAAAAGCAAAGCAAUAAUCUGAAACGAUUUAACUCCUCCAAUUAACAAAUUAUAUUUAAUAAUCACCUCAUUAUUAUCACAUUUUUCUAAAGAAAUGAACGACUUUAAGUCAAACUUUGUUAUUUAUACA